UAUAUAAAAGCUAAGUUGGCAACAGUGCACCUAUCGAGUAGGGCGACAAAACGCAAAGAAUUCCAAUAAUUUUAUAAUUAAAACACGAGUAGCGGAACCCCAUUUAGUUAAUUAGUAUUGACCGUGCCACAAUGGAAGUUGAGACACCCACACAUGAACAGAACAGAGAGUUUGCCGAUGUGGAUAUCAACAAUGGCUCAGCGUCCGGUGCAUCAGAUGAGGAAGAGGUGCCAGCGCCGGGCAGUGUAACGUUGGACCAAGAAAAUGACUUAUUCGUGUCGGCAAUGACCCCUAGCGAAGUGCAUCGUCGUAUUUCUGCCAGCAAUUUGGAGGAGGUUCUAACUGAUGAUGGCGAUUAUUUCAUUCAAAUAAUUGUAUCGGAUCCACAAAAGGUGGGCGAUGGCAUGAGCUCGUAUUUGGCAUACAAAGUGACAACGAAAACAAACAUUCCCAAAUUUAAGCGCACUGAGUUUAGCACUCUACGACGUUUUAGCGAUUUUCUGGGCAUUCAUGAUCUGUUGGUAAGCAAAUAUAUGCGAAUGGGCAGGAUUAUACCGCCAGCGCCCUCCAAGAAUAUUAUUGGCAGCACCAAGGUGAAAAUGAGUCCACAGCAAAGUGAGCCGGGCACACCGAUUAAUCAGGAAUGGAUCGAAAUACGGCGUGCAGCACUGGAGCGCUUUGUGCAUCGUACAGCUCAGCAUCCAGUGCUGCGUGUGGAUAUUGAUUUUGUCAAUUUCUUAGAAAGUGACCAAGAGCUGCCACGCGCCGUCAAUACGUCGGCUCUAAGCGGUGCUGGAGUAAUUCGACUCUUUAACAAAGUUGGCGAGACUGUUAACAAGAUUACGUACAAAAUGGAUGAGAAUGAUCCCUGGUUUGAUGACAAGAUAACAGAAGUGGAAAAUCUGGACGCGAAUCUGCAAAAACUUUCUUCAGCUCUGAAAUCUUUGGUGACCUCUCGCAGGGAGCUUUCUGCACUGACGGGUCUGGUUGCCAAGUCGGCGGCCAUGCUUAGCACUUGUGAAGAGCACACUGGACUGUCACGUGCGCUCUCUAAUCUGGCUGAUGUGGAGGAAAAGAUCGAGUUGCUACGCUCCGAGCAAGCAAACUCUGACUUUUAUAUACUUGCCGAGUUUAUAAAAGACUAUUUGGGUCUAUUUGGUGCAAUCAAGUGCAUUUUUCACGAGCGUGUUAAAGCGUUCCAAAACUGGCAAUACGCCCAAAUGCAACUUUCAAAGCGGCGCGAGAAUCGUGGACGAUUUGAGUUGGCCAAUCGCGCAGACAAGCUUGACCAAGCGCAACAGGAGGUUGAAGAGUGGCAAGGCAAGGUGCAGCGCUGUCAGCAACAAUUUGAUGACAUAUCGGCGGAAAUAAAACGAGAAAUGGAACGCUUCGAGUUAAGCAGAGUGAAAGACUUUAAGGCCAACAUUAUAAAAUAUAUUGAAGUUCAAAUGGCGCAUCAGCAACAGAUAAUCAGUUACUGGGAGGCUUUUGCACCAUUUGCCAGAGAAAUCGUUUAACUUAAUUGAAAUCGCCAGUUGCAUUUCCAAAAUGUUUAACUAACAGCAGAGCGUCGCAGUGCUACGAAUAUAUUCUAUAUAAUGUGCGUGUGUUAAUUAAGCGGGACCAAUUUGUCGUCACCAGGCGCUGAUUUUGAAAUUGAGCUACAAGUUUCCACUGUCGCUGCUGUUGAGCAUUUUCCAAACGCUUCAAAUUCCUCUCAAUAAUUGCUACCGUCAGGUACAAUUAUGCUUGCAUAAAAAGUUAAACUUUUAUUACCGUACACACAAACAUAUAUAUAUAUAUAUAUAUAUACAUAUAUUUUUAUUCUUACACAGUAAUUAAUAUUAUUAUUGCAAAUGUUGCUUUUAUUUUUGUAAAUGUAUACAAAAACACAAUGUUUAUUAUAGACUUUUGGUAUAGUCUACAAGUCGCUGAGCGCGAAACUAUUCUCAUUCUAUAUUCGGUAUUAUCUAUGAAGAUCAAUGAAGCCAGUUAUUAAAUGAAUAUCUAUGAAAAAAAUUUAAAUGUAAAUUAAAGUGAUUGAAUUGGGAAAUAA